CAUAAAUAUUUUUGUUCGUCGCCGUCGGUUGAAAAUAAAAUAAAAGUCGAAAAGCAAGUGAAGGUCUCUAAGAGUCAACAUGGCUGGUGAUUAUAUGAGGCAGAAACUCACGACUUUUACAGAAGCUGUAUUUCCCACACGAAAUGCUGUAAAACGUCAGCAUCACAUGUUAAGACCAGGAAAUGAGUUAGUAUCCAGCUUGCCUCUCCAGGUUUCUCUCUACUUCAAUGCCUUCUUCUUCCCGAUCUGGGUUGUAACCUGUGUUGUCAUGCUGCAAUUAAAGUUUGCCCAUCUGAAUCAGAUCUAUCAGUUUAUCAGCAUCACCAUGUAUGUGGUACUGACCGGUGUGGAGGUCAUCAGACUCUACCUUGGUUACCUAGGCAACCUACAGGAAAGGGUUCCAGAGCUGGCAGGUUUCUGGCUCCUGACGCUCAUCCUCCAGUUCCCGCUCAUCCUCUACCUCCUCAUCGACUCCCGAGCGAUGCCGUUUCCCAUCGAGCGAGCGGUCCACAUCAUCUUCCUAUCCUUCCUCGCCUUCGACGUGGUCGGGGGCUACUUUGCCCUGAAGCGGAUGACCCACCACCAGGUGAUGAAGUUCCAUCUGCAGCAGUUUGAUGACAUUGAGUUGAUGGAAGAUUCGCCAGGGAGGUUCAUGAACUCGCCUAACCUAGCAACGCAAAGAUACAAACCUCUUAGAUGACCUGACCUGAGUGUGAAAAAAUGAACUGAGGAGUUUGAUGACAUUAAGUUGAUGGAAGAUUUGCCAGCGAUGUUCAUGAACUCGCCUGACAUAGCAACGCAAAGAUACAAACCUCUUAGAUGACCUGACCUGACCUGAGUGUGAAAAAAUGAACUGAGGAAUGUUGGGGUUCAAGAGGUCAAAGAUGAAGCUCGCAUAUUAUUGUUUACCUGUCCCGGAAAUACAUCUUCUCUUUAAAUGACAGUUUUAAGUGUAAAUUGAAUUUUUAUUGUUUGAUAGUUUAAGUUGAUUAAUUAUGCACCGAACUAUCAAAGUGUUUCAAGCACGAUGUUAUAAAACGUCAACUUCAUUGCGUAUUUAGUUUUUUGUCAAUUUCUCAAUUUCACCUUGCUAAAAUGGCAAUAAUAAGGUAGUAUACAUUUAGGAGAACUGUAUUUAGUGUUCACUUUCGGUUACUGUGCUCACUACAGUAUCACAAUUUUUUAUUCAUCUAGCAAGUAAGCAAAAAAUUAUAGUUACAUGUAUGUUAUCGUUUUUAUCAUAAUUUAAAACACAUCAUAAGAUACAUGAUCUAUUUGUGCCAAUUAACUGUUCUUGUAAUACAUAGAGUGGGUACAUGUGACUGAUAUUAAAAGAGACUUUUAUUAUGGCUCAAGGUAGGGUUAUGCCUUGAAAAUUUAAACAUUCCAAUGAACUAUCAGAAAUAGUAAUGUAAAUAUGCGUGUAAAUAUUUGUAAGAUUUUAUAGCAUUUAUUUAUUCUGUCGUUUUGUGAAAUUUAUCAUCAAAAUUUUUCAGUGUUUUGAAUAAAGGCCUUAUUUAACAAUAA